CGUAUCGUACAUUUACUCGUACGAUCCUCCAUUUCUAAGCUAACUAAAAACUUUCCCUCUCGUUCUUCACAAGCUCUCGUUCUUCACAAGCCGAGAGGAAGAUACAGUGAAAGCAAAUCCUAUAAGCCAACGCCGACUUGGCCGUUGCCAGUACACGCACUCUUCUCUUCUCCCUGUUCUCUCGGGAAUGAGGCUAGUUUUAGCUCCAUUAUUCGUUUGUGCUCUCUUCUUCUCUCUAGCGGUUGCCGAGUCGGACUCGGCGAUGGAGAUGAAUGCAACAGCGGAGUCGAACGCGACGCGUUCGAGAUCCAGAGAGGACAGCUUUGCUGACAUGAUUGAUAGGGCUUUGGAGAAGGAGUUCAACGAGACAGACCAGAAUGAAUCCACUGAUCCUGGUAGCUUCAAUAACAGUGUUGCUGGACAGCAGGCAGUUUUGGAAACUGUAGCCAGAGUUAAGUCGAAGAAAAAUGACACGAAAGAGGAAAAGUCUUUUCAGUUUCAUGAUGUCUUCAAUUUGGACAAUGAGAAUCGAGCAGAGGAUAUGCCGACAUUGAUUGAUAGAAAGGACAAUGUUUUUAUCAUAUCGAACCCAAAAUCCAAAUACCCUGUGUUGCAACUAGAUUUAAGAUUGAUAUCAGAUCUGGUAGUUGUCAUUGUUUCUGCAACUUGUGGUGGGAUUGCAUUUGCUUGUGCCGGACAACCGGUUAUUACUGGAUAUCUGCUAGCAGGAUCUAUUAUUGGACCUGGGGGCUUGAGCUUUGUCAGUGAAAUGGUGCAAGUUGAAACAGUGGCUCAGUUUGGUGUGAUUUUUCUGCUAUUUGCACUGGGCCUGGAAUUCUCCGCAACAAAGCUUCGUGUUGUUCGAGCUGUUGCUGUUCUAGGAGGUCUUCUCCAGAUUUUCCUAUUUAUCUGCUUAUGUGGAAUAACAGUCUCGUUAUGUGGUGGUCAGUCUUCAGAGGGAAUAUUUGUUGGUGCUUUCCUGUCUAUGUCAUCUACUGCAGUGGUUUUGAAAUUUUUGAUGGAGAAGAAUAGUAUUAAUUCUCUGCAUGGUCAAGUCACUAUUGGUACCCUUAUCCUGCAGGAUUGUGCAGUUGGUCUGCUGUUUGCUUUGCUUCCUGUUCUGGGUGGCACUUCUGGUGUUCUUCAAGGAGUCGUAUCUAUGACUAAAUCGUUGGUGCUGCUUGUAGCAUUUCUGGCUUUCUUGACAAUAUUAUCUCGCACUUGUGUACCAUGGUUCCUGAAGCUCAUGAUAAGCCUAUCAUCACAGACUAAUGAACUCUAUCAAUUGGCAUCAGUGGCAUUUUGCUUACUAGUUGCUUGGUGUAGUGAUAAGCUGGGUUUGAGCCUUGAACUGGGAUCUUUUGCAGCUGGAGUUAUGAUAUCAACAACUGAUCUUGCUCAACAUACGCUUGAACAAGUUGAACCAAUUCGCAACUUCUUUGCGGCUCUCUUUCUUGCCAGCAUUGGGAUGCUAAUACACGUCCAUUUCCUAUGGAAUCAUGUUGAUAUUUUACUGGCAGCUGUAUUAUUGGUGAUUAUCAUAAAAACUGUUGUGGUUGCGGUUGUUGUCAAGGGGUUUCGAUACAGCAAUAAAACUUCGCUUCUUGUUGGAAUGUCUCUGGCUCAAAUUGGGGAAUUUGCUUUUGUUCUCCUAAGCCGUGCUUCUAAUCUUCAUCUAGUUGAGGGUAAAUUGUAUCUACUGCUGCUUGGAACAACAGCUCUGAGUCUGGUGACUACACCAUUGCUUUUCAAGUUGAUUCCUGCUGUCAUGCAUCUUGGUGUACUGUUGCGUUGGUUUCCCCCUGAUGGUCCAAUUGAGAUUGGAUAUAAAGGAGAUAGCUUUCGUGCAGACAGUGCUAAGCGUAUUACUUUGAUGGUCCAAGGCUCUCAUGAUUCAUGAUAUUAACUGAAACAUGAAUCAUGCAAAUUUCAGCAUAUACCUGAUGGGCUUCUUAUACUCUGGAGGACAGGUGCUUAAGAGUGCAAAGGAGGUUGAUUGAGUGAACAGAUUUUUUUCCCAUUGCAAAACUCGUGUUGCCUACUUCCACAUGAACUUCUGACCGCCAUAGAUGGACGAUCAUGCCAAUUGGGAGCAAGAAAUCAAGAGCUCGGUAGAUAUUGCUUCAUAAGCCCACAUACUUCUAAUCUUUGAUUCAGGUCAUCUCCCUACUAUCCAGAUGUCCUAUUUUCUGUAAAAUAUCCAUUUUUGUAAUGUAAGUCAUUUUAAUUUUCUUUUACCAUCUCUCUCACUGUCUCUUGUCUAAUAAUUAGUUGAUUCCCUUUGCGUUUCCAUUUUGGUUUUUCCUUUAUUUGUAAGUCAAAAAAUACAAGGCAAAUUCUAACUUUCAGAUAUGCAAGUUCUGCUAUUUCUCUUUCAUGUAAUGAUAAGCACACCAUGUAUAGCUGAUUUUGGUUCACUUGAUAUUUUGGCGUAUAUAAAAAUAUGAAGUGUUGAUUUGAUGAUA